CGUUGGGUAAACGGUGAUGUGAAAUCUGCUAUUUCGGGUCUCGGCAGAGGCAGAGGCAGAGGCAGAGGGAGAGGGUCAUGGCGUUGAAGCCAUGAGAGGAGGAAACGGCAGCAGAGAGAGAAGCAGGUGGUUAUGCAGUCUUGCACGCUCAACCUCCCUCCUUUCCCCCACCACCCUUCUUUGGUGGCCUCUUCUCUCUUCUUUGAACCCACUUCUCGCUCUUUUGCUGUCAUGUCUUCUGAUUCUUCAAUCCUUCUUUUCCCCCUUCUCCCUCUCUCUCUUCCUUCUCUCUCCACCAAUUCCCAUUCUCUCUCUUCUUCUCUUCCUUCUUUAUCUGCUCCUUCUUGUGUUUCCAUUCCUCCUCCUUGUUCUUCAGCCUGCUUUAUCCGCAUCCAUGGCCAUGGCCGAAACCCUCGAGUUCUCUUUCUCUGCACUUCUCCUGCAAAAUCAGGAUCUCGAACCCUUCUUAGAGCCUGGAUUCUUAAAGAAAACUCGACCUUUACUCGAGCUCAUCUCUGCUUCAAGGAUACCCGUUCUAACUCGGGGAUCUCGCUUGAUUUGCCCCACGGAUUUGGUGUUCAGCUUUCUGGUUCUGUCAAUGUCUUCUCUCUUCAUUCUCCUUCUUCCGCAAAAAUUUGGGUCAUGGCAUCCAAACCUGUGGCUGAAACAGAGCGCAUGAAUGUAGUUAAGUGUGCUGUUAUAGACUGCAACAGUCCAGUCUAUUCAAUUAGGGUUUUUGUGCAAUAUUUGCUCUUGGGCGAGGAAGAUGGGGUUAGGGUUUUUACAUUGAAGAAUCUCGUAAAAGGCAAAGUCGUGAAGAAGGUUGUCUCUGAUAAGGUUAGGGUUUCCAAUGAUGGGCCUCAUAGAAGUUGCAGAAAUUUAAGUAAUGGGAUAUUUGAAAAUGGUCAGAAAGAUGGGGGUGCUAUUUCUGAGAGUUUUACCAUGAAAUUUGGGGAUGAUUCGUUGAAGGAUUGCAGUGGAAACGUAGGGUCAAAGAGAAAUUUGAGGAAUGGGCUAAUCAAGGGAUUAGAUGACAAUGAAGGUAUCCGAGAUACAGAUAGAUAUCGGCAUCCAAAUGCUACUAGCUAUAAUGGCAAGCUUAUUGGUCCUACUGGGCCUGUAUCAGAGGAUAAUGGGUUCAUCCGAGUUUCAAAUUAUGGUGUUUCUGAUGGCCAGUUUGUUUGUGAAAGCAAGAAUUUGCUGAAAAGAGGAGGAGCUUCCUUCAUAUCCAUGGACAAUUUUUUGCCUACUUCUAAUCAGGGAAUGAAGGUGUCAUCUGAACCAGACCCAGUUCCUGUGGAAAUCAGGACAACAUUGAAAUUAAGGCAGGACUCGGGCGAGCAUGGUUCCUAUUUUGUGAGUUUCAAGGGUUCUGAUUGCCAUGGUUCAAAAUGCAACAACCCUUCAUCGGCAUCUCUAAGGGUCAUUUCGAUCCAUGCUUUGGCACAUAAAAGAUUUCUGAUCCUCGACUCCUUUGGAGAUUUGCACCUUUUGAACCUACAUGGCAAUCCCUCUGGGUCAGAAACCAUUGACGUUGCUUCUAACCAGAGUUUUAUGAAGCGCAUGGACUGUUCUAUGAAUGUGCAGAUGUUUGGAGCUUUUUCUGAUGUCUCUGCUAGACCUCGGACAAUCUGGAUAUCAGAUGGAUGCCACUCAUUGCACGUGAUGGCAUUAAUUGAGAAUGAGAUUGAGGCCUCUAGUACUGAGCUUGGGGAAGUUGCUAGCAAGGAGAAUAUUUUUCAGCUCUCAGGGAAAAUGUACCACAAUCUAAUGGAGCAUGUUAUACAGCAAUAUUCACGAGUGAAAAAGUUCAGGAGAUUGUUCCUCUCACUGGAAAUGCAACACUGGUUCUUGGCCAAGGUAGCAUUUUUGCCUAUUCUGUUCCUUGAAGUUAACGUGGCAUUGUCUUCAAUGGUGAAAGUUCUAGUUUGAGGCCAGUUUUUAGCUUCGAAUGGAUUUAUUACCAUCACGGAUGGCAGAUAUCCGUCAAGACAGUUAGUUGGCUAUGGGUGCAUCUUCUGAAGAACCAUGUAAUUUUCCAACAUGUCUUUGAAGUUAAGAGCUGCAGCAGUCUUCCAUUUCUAGUAAUGCCUAUGGCUUCAAGUACUCCAAUGAGCCAGAAACGAUAAACGCUUGCCAUCGGUUACAAAUUUCGUGUUGAAUUAAUUGGGGACCUGCUGUUUUGGUCUGCUGACUUUGGCAUCGAAUAAAGCCCUUGUGAAGCUGGCCACAAAGCAAUUUUGCUACUGAACAUGCGGUGAACUAUGGCAGCAAAUUCAUGGAGGUCUGGAUCUGGAUCUGGAAGAUAUCCCUAGUUUAUUUGCAUAUCAAGAAAAACCAAAUAUAGGGAUCCAGCUUUGCGUCCCGUUUAGCUUUGGGGACAAGAGAAGGCCAAUCUGGUUUCUCUUAUCUUUUCAAUUAUUAUUUAUAGUUAAGUAGUUCUGUGUGGCUUGAUUUGCUUUCAGUACAUGGAUUGCUUUUGAGAAACUAUGCUUAAUUCAUGCUGGACGAUGCUUUAUGUGGAGCUGUACUGCGCAUGAGUGUAUCAAUAAGAAUUUGCAGCAAUGACUAUCCUAUGGUGCUCAGUGAUGCUUGUAUGGUUUCGAACCUUGCGGACUUGUAUGACCCCUCUCGAAUCUUUGGAGAGGAACACAGAAAUGUCAUUUACCUUUUUUGUUUGGUGA